CUCCGGGAUGCGCGGCCGCGGCGGCAGGCGGAGGCGGGCGAGGAGGAGGCGGGGGGGGAUGCGGCGGCGGCUCGGCGGCACGCGCUGCCUGCCCGCGCCUCUUCCCGCGCUGCGCUGAGGCGGCCCCGCGCCGGGCACCCCCCCCCCCCCCCCCCCGGCGGCGGCACCUGCUGCCGGCAGGCGCCGGGCCGCAUGAACAAUAGGCGGCGGUACCGGCCCCGCCGUCCCCCGCAGCGCCCGGCUGCCGCGGGCGCCUCCCCCUAUGGAGCAGCCUCGCCAUGGAGCCCCUCACAGAGCUCAGCCAGGAGGGCGCGGGCGGCGGGGAGCCGCCGGGCGGCGCGCCGCUCUGGACCGCCGUCUUCGAGUACGAGGCGUGCGGCGAGGACGAGCUGAGCCUGCGGCCGGGGGACGUGGUGCAGGUGCUGUCCCGGGACUCGCACGUGUCCGGCGACGAGGGCUGGUGGACGGGCAAGAUCGACCAGCGCGUCGGCAUCUUCCCCAGCAACUACGUGAGCAGCGGCGUGCAGGGGGGCGGCCCGGAGCUGCGGGCCCGCUACCCGCCGCCCCCCGCCAUACAGCUCCUGGAGAUCGACUUCUCAGAGCUUGUUCUGGAGGAGAUCAUUGGCAUAGGGGGCUUCGGAAAAGUGUAUCGAGCUGUAUGGAUAGGAGAUGAGGUUGCUGUCAAGGCAGCUCGCUAUGACCCUGAUGAGGACAUCAGCCAGACCAUUGAGAAUGUCCGCCAAGAGGCCAAGCUCUUUGCAAUGUUAAAGCACCCCAACAUCAUUGCCCUCAGGGGUGUGUGUUUGAAGGAACCUAAUCUUUGCUUGAUCAUGGAGUUUGCCCGUGGAGGAUCGCUAAAUAGAGUGUUGUCUGGUAAAAGGAUACCUCCUGACAUACUAGUGAACUGGGCAGUACAGAUUGCAAGGGGAAUGAACUACCUGCACGAGGAAGCAAUUGUUCCCAUAAUUCACCGUGACCUGAAGUCCAGCAACAUACUGAUACUCGAAAAGGUGGAAAAUGGAGAUCUGAGCAACAAGAUAUUGAAGAUCACGGAUUUCGGCUUGGCCAGGGAAUGGCAUAAAACUACCAAAAUGAGCGCAGCUGGGACAUAUGCCUGGAUGGCUCCUGAGGUCAUCCGCUCCUCCAUGUUCUCCAAAGGCAGCGAUGUGUGGAGUUACGGUGUGCUGCUUUGGGAACUGCUAACAGGAGAAGUACCAUUCCGAGGAAUUGAUGGUCUUGCAGUAGCAUAUGGUGUUGCCAUGAAUAAACUUGCCCUUCCAAUCCCUUCCACGUGUCCAGAGCCUUUUGCCAAACUCAUGGAAGAUUGUUGGAACCCUGACCCGCACUCACGACCUUCCUUUACCAGUAUCCUAGACCAUCUCACCGCCAUAGAAGAGUCUGGUUUCUUUGAAAUGCCCAAAGAUUCCUUCCACUCCCUGCAAGAAGACUGGAAACAAGAGAUCCAAGAGAUGUUCGAUCAGCUCAGAGCCAAAGAAAAGGAGCUGCGCACAUGGGAAGAAGAGCUGACUCGUGCUGCUGUUGAACAGAAGAACCAUGAGGAGUUGCUACGAAGGCGGGAACAGGAGUUGGCAGAACGUGAGAUUGAUAUCCUGGAAAGGGAGCUCAACAUCAUCAUCCACCAGCUGUGUCAAGAGAAGCCUCGGGUGAAGAAACGCAUGGGGAAGUUCAAGAGGAACCGGCUGAAGUUAAAAGAUGGCAAUCAUAUCAGCCUGCCUUCAGAUUUCCAGCAUAAAUUCACUGUGCAGGCUUCUCCAACGAUGGAUAAAAGGAAAAGUUUGAUCAGUAGCUGCGCCAGCCCUCCUGCAAGUCCUACCAUUAUUCCCAGACUCAGGGCCAUACAGUUGACUCCUGCUGAAAGCAGCAAAACAUGGGGACGAAGCUCAGUCCUUCCAAAGGAGGAAGGCGAGGAAGAAGAGAAGAGAGGCCAGAAGAAAAAGGGACGCACCUGGGGACCAAGCUCACUUUGUCACAAGGAGCUAGGUGCAGGAGAAGAUGGUCUGAAAGCUCUGGUAGAAGGAUACAAACAGUGGUCAUCCAGUGCACCGAACCUUGGAAAGAUCCAGAGAACUGCACCUGCUUUUCCGGGAUUCACCAGCUUAGCAGAGAUGGAUGAUGAAGACAGUGAAUGUCUUAACGGAGAGGGCAAAGUGCACCCUUCACCUGGGCACAAUCAGUCAUACCUCUGCAUCCCAUUUCAGAAGAAUGAAGACUGGGAUGGCCCUUCUAGUGAUGCCAACGAGGAGUCCACCCCUGUGAACUCUGCUACGAGUACGCCGCAGCUGACACCCACCAACAGCCUCAAACGUAGCGGCUCCCACCACAAGCGGUGUGAGAUUGCAUUGCUUGGCUGUGGAGCAGUGCUGGCUGCUGCAGGCCUGGGCUUUGAUCUGUUAGAAGCAGGGAAGUGUCAACUGCUGAUUGAGGAGGAGCCAGAGGCACCCAAGGAAGAGAAAAAGAAGCGCGACAGCAUUUUCCAGCGAGCUGGACGCCCACGCAGGAGCACUAGUCCACCUUCCAGAAAGAUCUUCAAGAAAGAUGAUCCUAUGUUGUUGCUAGGCGAGCCAUCCACAUCCCUCACCCUUCUUUCCCUGUCUUCCAUUUCCGAAUGUAAUUCCACCCGGUCUCUGCUGCGCUCAGACAGUGACGAGAUUGUGGUGUAUGAAAUGCCUGUCAGCCCAGUGACAGUCAAGGCUCCCUUGCCAGCCAUUACCAACCCACUAGUCAAUGUCCAGAUUGAGAGGUUCAAACAAGACCCCAACCAGUCCCUGACUCCCACACACGUGACGGUCUCUUCCCACACCCAGCAAAGUGGGCACAGGCGCACACCAUCUGAUGGGGCCAUCAAAGGGAGCGGACUAGUUGUCAAUGGGUGCCCAACCAGUGGAUGCCCUUCCAGUAGCUGUUUAACUGGAGCACUGGGAGCAGGUGUAUUAAAAACACCUAGUCCAAGUAGAGAUCCCAAUGAGGUCCCUCGCCUGCCAGACCCCAACCUUGUUUUUCCUCCAACCCCAAGACGAUGGAAUGCACAGCAGGACCCCACACUGGAAAGACCCAAGACAUUGGAGUUCCUGCCCCGGCCACGUCCUGCAGCCAGUCGGCAGCGGCUUGAUCCCUGGUGGUUUGUGUCGCCCAGCAAUGCCAAGGGUGAAUCUUCUGCCAACAGUUCAAGUACUGAUACUCCAAGCAAUCUGGACUCUUGUUUUGCUAGUAGCAGCAGCACUGUAGAAGAGAGACCUGGACUGCCUGCACUGCUUCCUUUCCAGGUGGGUGUUCCCGUAGAGGAGCGGACACUGUUGGACAUAGAUGCUGAGGGGCAGAGUCAGGACAGCACCAUUCCGCUAUGCAGAAGUGAACUUAACACACAUAAAGCUGCAGCAUAUGAACUCAAGCAAGAAUUCUGGUCUUAGUAUGAAAUCCACUGGGGAUAGUGAGCCCCUCUAAAUUCAAUCCUACUUUUUGCACUGAGAAUGCACUUUGAAGACAGAUGAGAUGGAGGGAUGCUACAGAGGUGCUGCCUCUGCUGAAGAUGUGGUGUUCGACUGCCUGAUUUUUGUCUGCAGCUUGAUGAAACUUGGCAACUGAGCUGCUGACUUUUGCUGUGGGGUUUUCUGUAGUCUUCCCUGCCCUCAAAUUGCAGUUUGAAUCUGCAAUGAGCUAAAAUUAUCAUAUCAAAGUCUUUGUUACUGACCUUGUAGGAUUUGGCACUUGCAGUAAAUAGACUGGUAUCUAUCCUGGUAUUAAUCAGUAUUUUCACAGCUCAGAUAUUAUACUACAGCAGACACCAGUGUUUGAUGUUUUCCCAAGGAAUCCAGGACAGAAACAAGUAAAUAUCUGGAGACUAUCUUCUGUGAAAUGUAUUCAGAUCAUUAGAUAGGCCUGGGAAUCAUGGUACCCCCCACUGAAGGAGCAGAAGUAGCUAUCUUAGACUCGCUUGUCCUCUUUUGCUCAUGUGAUAGUGCAAGGUGGAACAGAUUGCAGAGGAAGGGCAUGGCAUCUCCACUGAUGGAGGUCUUUGAGAACAGACUAACUGGACUUUUGGGAAUGAGUAGGUGUAGUUGAUCCUGGCUUCAAGGCAGGUUGGAUGGACUUCAGUGAUCUCUUGAGGUCCCUCUCAGCCCUAUUUUUCUAUGACCCUGUUCUUUCAAACAGAUGAAGGCUUAUGGCUGUUUACUCUAGCUUGUUUUUUUUUGUUUCAAGCUUUGGUUCCAUCAGCCUCCUUUUCCCACCCACUGUAUCCCAGGCUCAUAGUCAAGCUGCCUCAGCUUUGGGAAGGGAAUUAGCAGGAAUUCUUUCUUUAAAGCUGUGUUGGCUUGCAGAAGUUAUGUGUUUCCUCACUCUUCCCCCCCCACUUCCUGUUUUUCCUCCUUUCUUACACUUUUUAGGAGUGGCCCUUAAAACCCAAGACUGUUCUCAUGCACACUGAUAGUUGCUUAAGGCUAUUUUGAAACUGAGGCUUGUUAGUAGUUGGAUUGUGCAAACAGGAAUCAGAACUUACAGAUUCUGUUUUAUUUUGUCACUGACUCACUGUGUGACCUUGGGUGAAUAAUGUAACCUCUGUGCCUGAAUUUCCCCAUCUGUAAAUAACAGGAAUAAUACCUACCUCACAGGGGGAGGGGUUGGGACAUAUCUAAUAGGUGUAACGUUCUUUGAGAUCUUUGAGUAAAAGGCACUGUAGACAUGUAAAACUUCAUUCUUGUUCAAAUAUGUAAAAACUCCUAACUCUGGAGCGAGAACAGACCCCUGUCUUGAAGGAGGAAGUCACACAAAUAGGGUGUGCCUAUGCUCACGGUUUGCUGUGCAGAGACUUUGCGCUUCUGCAGGUAUAUUUUAUUGGCUUUAAUAAGAGCUUCUCUUCCCCAGUUUUGGCAUUAUAACUAAGGGAUGUGGCCUUUAUAUGAGUGUAAUAGCGUAGUCUGCUUUUUUGCAGGGUACAGCAUCUCUGUUCACUCUUUUUGUACAGAUCUGUGCUCAUUUUGCUGAUCUACUGACCAUUUGGUUACAAAUAACUGAUUUGACAGUACUGCCAAUGCAGUGCUCAACCUCUUAGGGCAGUCCAGUCCUGUUGAGAAGGCAGUGUAGCCGAAUACUUUCUCACAGCUGUCAGCACACAGAACCUGUGUGUUUGGAUGUUUAUAACCUGAUGUUAAAAACCAGCACGUGGGGGGAAGUACUGUACUUAAGGUUUUUUCUAAUUCUGUUUGAGGGCUAAAACCAGCAUGUUGCCAUUAGUCAAGUGCACCCUUUUUUCCAAGCAAUUACAUUAUGUUUUUGUGUAGAAAGGUCACACAUUUCUUGUUUAUCACAUUCCAUGAAAGGCGUUUAAUGGCAGAAUUACUUUGAAUACUCCAUAGCUAUCCUUAAUGGUGCUACACUAGCUGCUGAAGCUGGAUAGACUGUUGACUGUGUAGGCAAGGUAUUCUGAUGGUGGUGCUGAGAUACUUUAAAAAAGAAAACUUAUGUUUCUGACACUUCUGUUAAUGCAGACCUUUAGCAUUAUUGAUUUUUUUUAAAACAUACAUGCUUUUGCUUCCCAUUUCUGAAAACUGUUUGUGAUCCAGGGACUGAAAAAAAAGGCAGAACCCACCCAAACAAGUGGUUAAUUUCAGUUGUGCUAUUGAAACAAACUCAAGGAGAGCCCAGUCAGAGGGACUAAAAAGCAGGAGAUUAAAACUAUCUAUUUUUCAUAGUCUCCUUACCAUUUUAAAAAGUCUGAAGCAGAACUGGAUCAACUGUUCUGAAAUGUAAUGCCAAUAAAUAUCAUUAUAGAUGUCAUAGGAAGCAUCAUCUGCUCUACACAGACAUCACCGGGAAUAGUUCCAUUCGAACAGAAAUCUUUAAAGUCCACUUACUUGCAUGGAAUGGGAGGUUACCUUUCUAGGUCACAUUGGUUUAACUCAGCCCACUGAACUUUCUGAUACUUGGCCAAUUGCUUUCACCAAGUGAACCAUAAGGUUUCUGUCAAGCGCCCAGCAGGCAAGACAGCUGUAAAACCAAGUUGUUCUGCCACCACUCUUGCUUAGAAAAGUUGAGGAUGGAGUAUCAGAAACCCUUCCCCCUCUUUCCCUUGGUGGAACUGGUAUGUAGCUGACCUGUUAGAAGUAUUUUGCUCCAAAGAGCAAAAUGGACAUUGCUAUAUCAAAGGAACUGGGUAGGAUAGAUGACAAGGAGUCAAGGAUCCGGAUUAGGGUUUCCAACCUAGAUGUUCUCUAUUAUAAAGCUGCCAGAAAGACUAGGUAGAAGCAUAAUGUUUGGUGUUUGUUUCUUUUUUGAACACUCCUUGGAUGCAGUUAUCUUCACUGACUCUAGCAUAUGAAAUAAUAAAAUAAGAUAGUAUUUGUGCAUCAACCCAUAACUGUCUUCCAGUUGGGAGCCCUGUGUCUAACCUGAGGUAUUGGGCAAGAGGUGUCUGUUGUAGAAACAAAGCUACUGCCUUUAGCGAGUGGUGGGGUAUUCUCUGAUGGGCAGAGGGAGCCUCAAGGCAAAGAAUUGUUGUGUGUUUCAUCUUAUGCACCCCAAAAGCUAUUGCAGCUGGUGUCUUGAGGCCCAGAGGCCACGUGCGUGUUUAAGCUAGCUCAACCUCUCCCUGUAUGGGUCUAUCCCAUCUGGCUUGAUUUCUCUCUGUACUUAAUCUGCUGGGAUUUUUCCUUCUCAGCUGUGGAAGCUGAGGUGCUCCAAAUCCGCAAAGGAUUGUUUCACUGUAGUCCACUAGAUACUGAGAAGAUAUAAGACCAUCAGCUCACAAAUCUUUCUACUUGUUACUACUAUUCCUAUUUGUCAGGGAGACAAAAGUUUCAGAAUAUUGUUGAUUAACAUACCUUUCUAGCAGUGUUCUUGAAGAAGAUGGUGAAAAUCUUGCUAUAAAAAAAUUCUAAUAAAUGUAUCACUUCCUAAAUAUCCAAAUAAGUUGCACUUUUUUUUUUUUUUCCCCUGAGAAAAUGAGAAGAAGAUAACAUGAGAGCACAAAAUCACCGAGCAGUCUGAAAAAGUGAUGAGAAAAGAAUUGGGUGAAAUAUGUUAGCAUAAUUGCAGGGCUCACAAAGAGGAAGUGACAAAUUUUUUAACUGAUAGUAAUAGUAGUAAGAUUGUUGCAGAGAGAAAUUUUGCUGGUCAGGAAACAUGUAUAUGUUGUGGGGUUUUUUAAAAUAGUUAGCUGGCAUUAUGUAUCACUAAUGUAACUCGUGCUAAUUUUGGAAAUAGAAGAAAGUUUGCCAGCCCUUCAAAGUGUGUUAACCUGUUUCUUUUUUCCUGUAAAACUGGGGGGAAAGCACAGACAGAGCAACCAGUGAAAAAAAUGGUAAAUUUCUUGAUACAUUUCUAUUGGUUUCACAGAAAUUAUGUGGGACAGGUAGAGAGAAGAAAGCUUUUGUGUCAAAACUAAAGUGGUAAUAGUUAGUGAUUCUUUUUUUCUAAUAUUGUUGCUUCCUAUGGACUGCACAGUGCUCUCUUUUGCCAGCAAGUAGGUCUUACCUCAUUUCAAUCCUUUCCAGAGGUGCAAAUGUAACUUUUUAUAGGUAUUUUGUUUCCUUCAAAUUAUUGUUGCAAGGGGUUGAUAUUCAGUAUGGGGCAGGGAACCUCAGUGAAAAUACUCUUUUUGUAAUGUUUUUCUAACAAAAUCAGUAUUUUCAAAGUGAAUUUUUCAUUACUGAUGCGGACAUACGUGUUCUGGUUUGGCAAGCUUUUGUGAUGAAGUAUUUUUCUGUACCUCUAGGAAUGGGAGUAGUUGCCUUCCUCUUCAUAGCAUGCUGUUGUCUUAAGACUUUAUGGACAAUACUGCAUAGAGAUGUUACUUCGAUUUGUCAUGAAACCGGAUACCUCUCAUUCUGUCGAAGGUGAGGCAGUAAUGGUCAAAUAAAGAAAGGUCUUUGCCAUCUGGAGUGUUCUGUUAAGUAGAAAAUGACAGGAAACCUCCCAUCUUGAGUCACCUUUCUAUCUGGAGCUUAACUUUUAUUUCAAACUUAAUUCAUCUCUGUGGGAUGAAUAUGGGAGCUGGAGUCCCAUUAGAUGUAUGGAACCAAACCUAAUACUGUAUCCCAAAAAUCAGUUAUAACCUGUUACUUUUGUCAAUAAUUUUAAGCUAAUAUUAAUGGGUUUGUUUCUUUGGGGUUUUUGAAACCUUUCUUCUUGGGAGAUGUGCUAGUUGCUUUCUAACCUUUUCUAUGUGUUUUGGAAGUAUUCUCAAGAACUCUUACCAACUCUGGGAAAUAAGGAGGCUUAUACCUUGCACAGUGAUACAGGUCCUCCUUUUGGCUUCACUUUUUUCAGUACAAAAUAAGGACACCUGUAUUUGGAGAGGAACAUUUCUGAUCCUUAUCCUGUUGCUGCAGAACAGUUUCUUAGCUUCCAUAUUUAUAACUCACUCAAGGCUACAUUUAGGUAAAACUGGACAUUAACAGUAAGGGGUAGGCAUGUGUUAAAAUGUAUUAGCAAACAAGCAAUAAAUACAGCAUGUGCAAAGAGAACCAAAACAUACUUAUGCUGUGACAGAGGAUAACUUUUAGACUUAAUAAACCUUUGGUUGAACAUAUAAUUAAGAUAUCUUCAGGCAAGAAUGCAUUCCUUUAUUUUUCUGUUAAGUUUCUUAGUGUAAGCUUAGAAUAUGGUGGUUUGCACAGCCGGGGAUACUGUAGCUAGCUGGACAGAAAUGAUCUUUAACCAAAUCUUUAUCUCCUUUUUUUCUCUAUUUCCAAUCCAGUUUGUGGUUUACAUUUUUCCUUUUUUUGUCGUUAACAAACAAAGGAGUCUUAAGAAGAACUUAUGUUUAUUGUUUCCUCAUCCCUAAUUCCAGUUUCUCAAGGCAGUAUGGAAAUGCAUUUAUGGCUUAUUCCGCUGCUCCCUCUAUUGAAUGUGCUAGUAUAAAGUCACGUGCUGCAGUUAAAAUGUACAUUUGCUUUUGUUUUUUCUCAUGCUCAUAUUUUUUAAGCAGCUUUGCCAUUGGUUGAAGAUGAUUACAGCUUCUGAAAUGACCUACAUCAGCUUUAUUUUUGCAUGCUAAAAAUAGUCUUUUCCAGGCUAAGAGGUGUGUGUGCUUGAUUAAAAGGUAAUUUGCCACUGGUGACUGGGUGGUGGGUCUGAUGCAGCUACCAGAAUUACUAUUGUUCCUCUCUAACAAGGAUCUCCCUUUUCUUGCAACUGGAGAGUCUUCAGCAUUUCAUCAAUGUUUGUAUGAAAGAAACACAUUUUAUUUCCUUCUGUACAUGAGUGAAGAAUCUUUUUUAUUUUGGUAGUAAAUGACCAGGAACAUAAUUUUCCAACUGAGAAUAGCUUCUUGGACUGUUUAGGUUUUGUUUUGUUCUGUUUUUUCUUAAACCUGUGAAAUACAUACAUGUGUGUUAGGUGCAUCCUGUAUUCCUAGGUGCCUUCUAUCUCGCAUGCCUCCUUGCUAGGGCCUGACAUUGUUUUUUGGAGGGAACUCCUGGUUGUAGCUUUCAGCACUGUCGUGUUCAUCACACACCGGGUCAAAUAUACCAGCACAGUAAACAUUUCAUGUCCUUCCAUUUCCUGAUGUGUGUACACACCUGUGGAAAGAAGUGUGCUACCACUGGUUCUCCUUAUCUAUUGAUUAGAAUUCUGCCCCUAUCCCAUCUUUAUUGGUUAUCAAUUAUUGUUACAGUGGUAUUUGGGGGCCUAAGACAGAAAUAAGUACAUGUUUUAGGUGUGCUUUGACCUAAAAUGUUUCCAAACUAGAAGCAUAAGACACAGCUGGGAGAAGUGAAAGCAGGGGUUGGCAGGAAAUAGCGAAUAAGAAGUAAAAUUAUCCUUCUUAAUGUAAUAAGCAGUCAGAGGACAGAGGGACACCAGCUGCCUGGUAGUCUCUUGGCAUUGCAGAUAAGUUGAGUCCUAAAGAAGAAUCUGAGGAAUGUGUAUUUACUUACUUUCUGGUUGUUUUCAUUUUACCCUGAGCUACCUCACUUGUAGAGAUGGAAUGGGAAGAAAGAGUAAGUUUUGGUAAGAAUUGUUCUAGGUAGGCAGUUGAGGCUAGAAUGAUGGGAGGACAGAGGCAAACACUUGUAUUUGGCUCUUUAACAUGCAAAUUCCUGAUGGAAAAAUAAAACCAGCAAUUCAGUUUAAGAUUGUAUUUGCGUUUACUAUGUAUGUCUCCGAAAUAAACAAUAAAUGACAAGGCAGGGCAUUUUUCUUGGCAGUUUCCAACCUGUAGGAGAGCUGAUUGUCCACAGACCAAAAGGUGGUGAUUUCAUUUUGAUCACUAUUGCUUUUAAAAGUGAAGUUCUGUUUUUUGAAAGUAGUUUUGAUAUUUUUUUAAAAAAUAAUCUCGGGUGCUUUUGAAGUGGACCUACACAUAAUCCAGAUUGUUUCUAUGUAUCUAUGUAUUUGCAGAUUGUUUCCCUAACAUAUCAGAUCCUAAUAUAGUCUAUAUGAUAUCUGAAUGCUAAUAAUGUGCAGACAGCCCAAUAUAGCUAAUAUUAAGAAACCAUGACACAUUUUUAGUGUUUAGUGUAGCGGAUUUAUAAGAUCAGUUUGAAAUGGGCUACUGUUUGGUCUGUAGUGAUGGGUCAGAUGGAUGAACAGCUAGCAAAAGGGGGCUUAGAACAAAUCUGCAGGAGGAAUGUUAAAGUUUUAUUUGCUUCAAAUAAAUUAUUUGAAAAAUAAUCAUGGGGGAGGGGGCCCCACAGGGAAGGCCCUUCAUUAUUCAGAAAUACUUUUCUAGGAUCUCAAAUUUUAUCUUCCAGGAUAGUUAGUGAGAACCUACAUUGUGUUCAAAAUAUGUUGACUGAAACCCCAAAGUAAGACCAGAAUAAUGCAUUUUAUAUAUGCUAUUUCAGAGUGAUUGACAAUGUCUCCCUGUUCUACCUUGAUUGUUCCAAUUUAGCAUUUUCACAAGAGCAGAUGUUGAGGUCAGACAAAGCUAACCUCCUUGUCUUGGAGAGACAUACAGGUCUGAGAAAGAAGAAACAUUGUUCUAGCCACAUCCUGUUGCUUUUGUGUCUCUUUCUCUUAGCAGCAGAGGUUAUAAUGGAGCAGGAAGACAUGCUGGUGUUUUUUCCAAGCUUCAUUGGUAAGAAUGCUGCUAACAGAAGUUUUCAGUAUAUACAUGGACAAGUUCUUUGGGAAUCCUUGUACUUGGUUUCUCCUCACUGAAUUUCUGAACAAACCUGGUUCUGAUUACUGUUUGGCAUAGCUCAGUUGCACACUGAGCUGCUUCAGUUUAACUACAUCUGGAGGAGAACUGAGCUUCUGCCUUGGGUUCUUCUGGAAUUUGUGGAUGUGGCCACUUCUCAGCUUGGGUAAUGCGUUUUCUCCCAGGCCCAGUCAGUGUUGCAAAAUGAGUUGUCACCCUCAACUGAUUGCCCAGAUACUCACAGUAGGAUUGUUCUUCUGUCUUGCAUGCUUUAGUGAGCAGCUCUUACAAUGUCAACAGGGUUAGCAUUUAUACCUGAAUAGGGCAGCUAAUGCCUCUGAGCUGACUUUUCACACUGCAUCUCAAGCACAUGUUACUGUAUCAGUUCUGCCAUUGCUCUGUUGUCAAGGUUAUCUUGACAACUGUAACAUCCAGAAGUCCUAGACACUAAAGAAUAAAGCCACAGUAAAAAAAAAAAAAAAAAAAGGGGGUGGGGGUGGGGGAGUUGGGAAAUAAAAAAGAAAGCAUACAGGUGUUUGCCAGUUGAAUGGUUGAGUGGCCAGUGUUCUCUGCAGAGAGUAAACUCCAUUCUUCUGCAACAUAGGUCUCUUUGGGGGAUGGCUAAAUCCGAAGUGGAGAAUAUACCUAGAUCCACUUUAAUUCAGUAGGCAGUAGUGCCUCUCAUAUUUGGCAUUAAUAAUGGAAAACUACAUAAAGCCAAGAACAUCUAGUAGUAAAGGCUCGUAUUUAGGGUAAUUAACUUUCAAUUUAAAAGGGAAGAGGCCUCAAUUCAAGGAAGCUCUUCGUCACAUACUUAAACAUCACUGAAGUCACUGGAAUGUAUCUGUGUGUCAGAAUGCCCAAGACCCCAAUUCAGCAAAGCUCUUUAAAUUGGGGGAUUGUCCUGUAGAAAGAAAUGGUGAAGGACCAGGCUCUGUACUUUGAUUGUCAGAGGAAAGAGUCAGUUUACCUGAAGAAAGAGUUUGUUCCUUCACAAGCCUCUGGGUAAAUGCUGGUUUGAUUACUGACUCUUGUGGCCUUUCCAUGACUGCACAUGCCAUGCCCAUUUGCUAAGUCUUACCAUAAACAGGGUGAGCUUUGGGUAUGUUUUCUGAUCCAGGAAGAAAGAGCAACGAUUUCUUCAUUAGCAGAUUGCUAGCUGCAAAGGGGCAGUAAGCAGUGCAUGGAGGUUGUAUGUGCAAGUGUCAGUUUAACCUGAGGCCUUUUCUCAGGUGUUUUUUCUCAUUUUAAAAAUGCAUCCCUCCAGGCUGGUGGACAGACCUGACAAAUUCAGCAGUGAUCAACAUCCACCACUGUUACUAGAGUUUCUAAGGUUCUUGUUUGUCGGCCUUUGGCACAGUACUUUGUGCUGGUAUAUGUGAUUUCUUUGUCAUAAAUUCAGGACAAGCUGGAAAUAUCUGAGAUAUUUUGCCUGACUGAAGUUGAGAGGCUUAUAUGGAGUGGGCAGGGCAACAGUGGUGGAAAAUCAGGGAAAAUACCUGUGCUUUUAACAAUGUCUCUUCUGUGGCUUUGAAAGUCCAAGAAUUUCUCAGCCAGAGAAUGUAUUUCCUCCCUCUUUUUAUAAGCUACUCCUUUCUUUUGCCUUAUUAAUUGUGGAUCUGCUCCUGCUUCUAUUUAAAGCCAGAUGCAAAAAUCAGUGACCUGACUUUCCUAGGUACAAUGUUGUAAAUCUGAAGAACCAGGUGAGUAGAUUACUCUAGUGUAAGAUCAUGCCCCCAUGUCUGUUCUUUUGAGAUAUGGGAUAAUUCCUGCUUGUGUUGAAAUCACUGUGGAGGAUGUUGGGUACUUCAUAAGGAACUCCAAGCUCUGCGGGACUGGAAUUCAUCUUACAGCUUAAGUAUUUCAGUCUGUUUUUGGAGACCUCUGUCUUCUCUUCUGUUCAUGGUGUUCAAAAGUCUGUUGCUAUGGAAGUAACACCUGAAAGUAUGUUUUGCCCGAAGAACCUGCAAUGAAAGCAGUUACAUUAGCAAAUGGUAACGUACCCCAGAGUUGAGUAAAAUAACGGAGGCCACCAAGUUCUUCUUGUUUGUGUGAUGAAAUGUUGUCAAAUUAAGUGAUUUGUUGGAGCCUUCCUUUAACUUCUGUACAGCAGUAAGCUUAGAGGAAAAGAAGAUUGCAUUAUUUUUUGAAAAGCUUUAUUUGUGACCCGGACUUGUUGCCUCUGACCCUCUUGGGCUUAAAUAGUUAAAUUAUAUUAAUGUCCAGUUUGUUUCACUGUAGGUAACACAUCAACUGAAUACUCUUGUGCAUAAUCUACUGUAUCUUUCCUCUGUUCUGUGUCAAUGUAUUAUGUGUAUUUGGAUUACAAUUCUUUUUUGUAUUAAAUUAUUUUAUGUUAUAGAACAAUAUUUAAGCAAAGCAAAGAGCUAAUGAAAGUUGUUGGCGUUUUGGGAUUUCUUUUCUCUUUGCUCUUUUUUUGGAUGUACUGUAAAUUGUAAACCAAGGAUGCCAAGCAGGCUUGGUUCAAUGGCUAAAAUUAUUGUAUUACAGUGUAAUGCUGAUCUAGGCCUUGUCUCAACACUAGAGCACACAGACUUGAAUAAAACUGUUAUAAAAGUCA